AGAUUCUCACUAUAUUUUCUCCUUUUCAUUUUUCUUUUCUUUUCCUUUCUUUUCUUUUUCUUUUUCUUUUUUUCCUUCAAGUUUCGGUUUUGCUCUCUCUUCACAGUAACGGAGAGCUGCAACAAACAAACAAACAACACAAACACAGUGAAUUUGAAGCUACACUAAUUCUGGGUUGGUGUUGCUGUUGCUGUUGCUUCUGAUUUCUCUUCCUCAUUUCUCAAAGAACUCAAAAAGAAUCAACAGCAACAAAUGGGGGAUGUUUCCCAGGAUGCCCUCAACAACCUCAAAUCUCUCAUGGAUCAAGUUGAGGAGCCAUUGCAGAGAACCUUUCAGAAUGUUCAUCAAGGAUAUGUGACCGAAACCUUAGUACGAUUUCUGAAAGCAAGGGAGUGGAAUGCUUCCAAGGCUCAUAAAAUGUUAGUUGAUUCUCUAAAUUGGAGAGUACAAAAUGAGAUUGACAACAUUUUAUCCAAACCAAUAGUCCCGCCUGAUUUAUACAGAUCAAUUCGCGAUUCACAACUAAUAGGAUUGUCAGGUUACUCAAGAGAGGGUCUUCCUGUCUUUGCAAUUGGUGUUGGGCUUAGCACAUUUGACAAAGCAUCUGUUCAUUAUUAUGUUCAGUCUCACAUUCAGAUCAAUGAAUAUCGUGACCGUGUGGUCUUGCCUUCUUCAUCAAAGAAACAUGGACAACCUAUUACCACAUGUGUAAAGGUUUUGGAUAUGACUGGUCUGAAGUUCUCGGCCUUGAACCAAAUUAAGUUGUUAACAAUAAUAUCAUCCAUUGAUGAUCUGAACUACCCUGAGAAGACAAAUACAUAUUACAUUGUAAAUGCCCCAUAUAUAUUUUCAGCAUGUUGGAAGGUAGUGAAGCCACUUUUGCAAGAAAGGACAAGAAGAAAAGUGCAAGUCUUACCGGGUUGUGGGCGAGAUGAGCUGUUGCAGAUAAUGGACGAGGCAUCUUUACCACAUUUCUGUAGAAAAGAAGGCUCCGGAUCUUCCAGACGCUCAGAGGGCAGCAGUGAGAACUGCUAUUCCUUAGAUCAUCCCUUCCACCAAGAACUCUACAAUUACAUCAAGGAGCAAUCCAGGAUCCAUGAAAAGGUCGAACCCAUCAAGCAGGGAUCCUUCCAUGUAGAUUUCCCCGAGCCUCCAGCUGAGGAAGUAGAGAUUGCCAAGACUAUAGAGUCAGAGUUGCACAAGUUUGAGAACUGCAAUGGAGUUUCAGAUUCACUAGAUGGCCUCAAAAUCAAUGGUGACUGAACUACUGAAGUAGCUUGGGGGUUUUGACAGUUUGUUAGUUACUCCCUUUGUUUGCUUUUUAUCUGUUACUAUUACUUUCUGAUACAUAUUAAUUGUAUUGUUUUCUGGAUACAUUGAUCCGUGGAUGUGCCGGAAAUUAACAGUGAUAGAUGAAAAGGAACCGACGGAGUAUCUUUCAUUCAGGAUUUGCACUGAUGAGUUAAAAUGGUUUGUCCUGUUUAACCAUUUGAACCAAUCUAUGUGUAGUCAAGGGGAACAUUCACAUUGCUUAAACAUUAGGAUUCUGCAGAAUUAGUUUAGCUUUUAUGUUAAGGUUGAGGAAUUCAGUAGUAGUUGGAAUAAAGUGGAUACCCCAGCUUUAAAUAUACAAUAGAGAAAUGUCAAAUAUAGUAUUUUGUUUAUGACGUAAUGUGUUCCAUCUCAACUUUCCA